AUGGAUGCGGAUAUGGAUGAACUUAUGGACCUUCUGGCAUACGAAUGCCCCUACACUGGGAAGAAGCGAAUUCCUGGGUGCUAUGAGUCUGUGGAUCAGCAGUCGUCUACAAAGAAGAUCAAGAUUGGAUCCACUCCCGAUAAUUAUGACAAAGUGGAUUUGCAGACCUCACCGGAUGGCUACGAUGAAACUAUGUUCAGUGAGUAUUUCAACAGAGGUUUGUCAGGUGAGCCCUGUGAACCACCACCAGCUCACGCCUGUUGCAAGCAUGUCGUGCAGAUUGCCAAGCACGAGGUUGACAACAACCCUGCAAGUAGCCAAGCGAUGCGAGAGUUUGCAUGCAUUAGAGAGGAGGAUGCCGAGGUUGGUGUUCGAAAGGUUUUGGUGAAGUGGGGAUUCUCUGCGCCAGUCCCCAUUUCAAAAUGUGAUUUGGGUGAGACAAGAAAUAUGAAGAGUUUUCCAUGGGUCAAGCCAUCAAACUGGUUUGCGCAUCUGUUGCGAAUCGGAGCUUUGGCCCGCCAGAUGGUGGGAGUUUCAUCUUUGUCAAAGAUGAAAGGAGUACUCACAGAAUUUUGGAGAAGAUACAAAACAAUGGAUGCGGGGCAUCCAGUGUUCGAGCUGGAGAGGAACGGGGUUCUGUCGCUGGACCGGCUCGUGCCGUUUUACUCACACUCGGAUGAGGGGCGGUCAUUCCGGGAUGCUGCCCUAUGGGUGUUAAACAUCCAUGGGGUCAUAGGUCGAGGAACACUGGCCUACCUUCGAGAAGGUCACCAUCGAGAUCCAGUUUCCCAAAACCCUCAAGGUCUUAACUACAUUGGCAACACUUGGUCAACUCAUUUUUUGAUUGCCACCAUGAGCAAGAGUGUUGCAACUCCAGAGGCUUUGUCAAACCUGGUGAGUUCUUUCGCGUUGGAUGCAAACCCUCCGCUACCAUGUUUCCAGAACCUGUCAUCCGUGGACAAGAAAUUUGAGCACCUUUCUUCUUUGUACAAGAAUUUUUUUCAAGCUCGGGGAAAGAAGCCAUGGGUUACAGAGUUGAGCAGGGAUUUGGUAUGCUGGCCAAUGUCAUCAACAUGCCCAGCUGCCAAAUGGAACAAGGGCAUGGCAACAGUUGAGAUCAUGCGAUUCAUUGACUGGUUUGCUCAGAACUUCUUGGCUGCUGCCGCAAAAGCUAUCAACAUUGCGGUGACGUUCAUGUACAAAAGUGGCCUUUGGUUGCAGAGUACAUCAGCCCGCAGACUGUCAGAUUGGAUUUUCUCCUUUUUGGGGCACUACUCUUUGUUGGCGCAGUUGACUUUGAAUGCUGGCAAAGCUCGGUACCCCAUGUACCCAAAGAACCACAUGCUUUGUCAUGCAGCUGUAGACUUGGCCCGUCGUGCAGAAAGAUGUGAAUGGCAGCUGUCACCUUUAAGCACAGCAUGCCAGCAGGAGGAAGAUUUCAUUGGGAAGCCUUCCAAGAUAUCGCGUUUUACAAACAUUCGCCAAGCACAUAGAAGUGUAAUUUGGAGAUCCAUGAUAAAGAUUCAGUAUUCUCUGCAGCAAGCUGGCAAUGACCAGCGAGGCAUGGAUUCUUAUGCAGAUCUGUGA